AGCAUUUUGAGAUCAUUCAUCAUGAAGUAUGUAGUACAGGAAUGGCUCAGAGUAACUACCUUGCUAUUCAUAGCUCAAGCAGUUUCUGCAAUGGUUCUUCCCAAUGCCACGCUCUUAGAGGAACUUUUGGAAAAGUACAUGGAUGAAGAUGGUGAGUGGUGGAUCGCCAAGCAGAGAGGGAAAAGGGCUAUCACAGACAGUGAUAUGCAAAGUAUCUUGGAUCUUCAUAAUAAAUUACGGGGUCAGGUGUAUCCACCAGCUUCCAAUAUGGAAUAUAUGACAUGGGACACAGAACUAGAGAGAUCUGCAGAGUCAUGGGCUGAAACCUGUCUGUGGGAGCAUGGACCAGCAAGCCUUCUUCCAUCAAUUGGACAAAAUCUGGGGGCACAUUGGGGAAGGUACAGGCCUCCAACAUUUCAUGUCCAGGCAUGGUAUGAUGAAGUGAGAGAUUUCACAUAUCCCCAUCCUCAUGAAUGCAAUCCGUAUUGUCCAUAUAGAUGCUCUGGUCCUGUUUGCACACAUUACACACAGGUUGUUUGGGCUACAAGUAGCAGAAUCGGUUGUGCAAUUAAUUUGUGUCAUAACAUGAACAUCUGGGGGCAGAUUUGGCCAAAAGCAGUUUAUCUUGUAUGCAAUUAUUCUCCUAAGGGUAACUGGUGGGGUCAUGCUCCUUAUAAACCCGGCCGCCCCUGUUCUGCAUGUCCCCCUAGUUUUGGAGGAGGUUGUAGAGAAAACCUUUGUUACAGAGAGGAUUCAGAAAGACCUUAUUCCCCCCAUGAACCAGAAGAGGAAACCAAUGAGAUUGAACGUCAGCGAUCCAAAGCCCAGGAUGCAACUGUGCAAAGCUGGCCGAGGACACAUCAACCUUCAGCCUCCACAGGCACUGAUGACAGUGAGAAAAAUGAAGUGAUAAGCACACAGCAAAUGUCUCAGAUUGUUUCAUGUGAAGUAAGGCUAAGAGAUCAGUGCAAAGGAACAACUUGCAAUAGGUAUGAAUGUCCUGCUGGCUGUUUGGAUAGCAAAGCCAAAGUUAUUGGAAGUGUACAUUAUGAAAUGCAAUCCAGUAUUUGUAAAGCUGCCAUACAUUAUGGCAUCCUGGACAACGAAGGUGGUUGGGUUGAUGUGACUAGGCAAGGGAGGAAAAAUUACUUUAUCAAGUCUUACAGAAAUGGUGUUCAGUCAAUUGGAAAAUACCAAUCUGCCAACUCCUUCACUGUCUCUAAAGUAACAGUUCAGGCUAUCACCUGUGAAACCACAGUGGAACAACUGUGCCCAUUUCAAAAACCAGCCUCACACUGUCCAAGGGUGUAUUGUCCUCACAACUGUAUGCAGGCAAAUCCACACUACGCUCGUGUAGUUGGUACACGGAUUUAUUCUGAUAUCUCCAGCAUCUGCCGGGCAGCAGUGCACGCGGGUGUGGUCCGCAACCAGGGCGGCUACGUUGAUGUGAUGCCCGUGGACAAAAGAAAGGUCUAUGUGGCCUCCUUUCAGAACGGGAUAUAUUCAGAAAGUUUACAGAAUCCACCAGGAAGCAAGGCUUUCAGAGUAUUUGCUGUUGUUUGAAUCUAGCAAGUAAAACAUGUAACAGGCAAGUGAAACCAAAGCACUUGGAAAAGAUUAAUACAGGCCAUUUCUUGUGAUUCCUGAAAUUUGUAUAAAGCUGUAACAUUAUUGUACAGAAGAUGUAUACUGCUUUCCACCAAAAAAAUUUAAGUUGCAUAUAAAUCUUAAUGAAAAAAAUCUGUAAAAAUAAACAUGGGAGAAAAAAUAA